GUUACAUAUAUUUACGUUUCACCUCCUAAUGGCUACCAAACCACUCAUUACUGGUGACGAAAUAGUGUUUGUGGUUGCCUUGUGCCUAGGAAGAAAUGGAAAUGUCUCGAAAUUAGUAGAUUAAGGAUAUUUCCAUAAAACCCGUGACACUCAAGACAGUCCAUACUACAAGAAUCAGGGACCAGGGAGAAUCAAGACCACGGAGAAUAUGUGGUAGAGUUCUCAUGCCUUGACUGAGACGCAAACACUUUCACCAUCCCAGGACGACCACGAGGAGGACAGCCAGAGCGACCUCUCCGCCUCGGCCACAGAAACCUCCUCCCUGGUGACAGUGCGCGCCGGUUGCUGCAGUUUCAACCCCGUGAGCAGGACGGGCAAGCGAUGGCACCAGCUGCAGAUGGUGACGCUGCCCUUCAUCCCCAUCGCCGCCCUCAUCAUCCAGAACUGCAUCCUCGUGGCCAACGUCGUCACCCACCAGAACGAGAUUAACACUCUUGGCAAGCAGGUGGACGGCACGGUGGAGCUGGGCAUGCUGCUGACGGCGUUGCAGCUGGAGAGGGCAGAGGUGGCCUAUUUCAUCUUCUCCAACGGGACUAAGCUCAGAACCAACCUGGAUGACACCUUCCGCCGCACUGACACCAUCCUGGAGAAGGUGCACUCUUGGCCCAAGUUCAACGGAGGGAAUAUGCAGCUCCUCUCCUCCAAGUUACGCUUCCAGAUCAGACUUGAGGACCUCAGGAAAAGUGUGAACGAUGCUGACGAUUCAGUGGGGGAGAAGAUGGUGUGGUACAACUACAUCACCUUCUUCGUCAUGGAGGCUAUUGUGUCCAACAUUAAGGACGCCACCAUCUCCAGCGUCUGGAAGCUGCUGAUGGCGUACAAAGACAUGAUCCGGGCGGUGGAGUACUUCGGCAUCGUCAUGGUGGAGGGCCUCUCCUUCUUCGGGAGCGGCAGUCUGUCCCGUGACCGCUUCGUCAACUUCGUGGUGCAUGACAUCCUGGCGUGGAAGUCCCUCAACCAGACCAAGGACUUCGUGAGCCUGGUGCGGCGCCAGGUGGAGGGAUUCAGCGAGAAGUACGAGGAAUUCAAGAACAUCACGGAAUGGCGUGACCUCAUCCUGGCAAAUGAGGCUCAGGAUAGUGACCUCAAAAUUGCAGAACGACUAUUUCUACGUCAUGGUUCGCUUCACUGACGAACUCCGGGACAUCCAGUGGCAGCUCCUCGACUUAAUUAGGGACUACAUGCAAGACGAGACCUGGCUGGCGGACACGAAGGUCACCAUAAGCAUCGUCCUGCUGGUGAUGGUACUGGCGAUCUCCCCUGUCAUUAUCUUUCUGGUGCGACACGCCACCUUCAGCAUCCAGGUGUUCGCGGCC